GGUGUUUUAAAGAACUACACUGAAUUUAUUUAUUAAAAAAAAUCCCGAUUUUUGCGUGAAUUUGGCCGAAUUGUGCGCAGUAAACCGAGAGAAAGAAAGAUUAAGUUUCGUCGAUUGUAUUGAUGCAGACCACGUGAGAAUUCAGCGUCUCCUCCAGCAGUCAUAGUAUCUUGCAAACCCAUAUCCAUCUGCUCACCAUGUCUGAUGAUGCCCAACCCCAGCCUGUCCCCAUGUUGGAGAUCGGCACGCUAGAGUUCUACAUCGACUUUGAGAUCUUGAGGUUACUCUAUCAAAUGAACGCAGGCGAAGAUUUGGACAUCAAUGUUGUUGAUCAAAAUGAGAAAGUGUCAGAGAUCCAUGCCAUGAGGAAGAAGACCAGGAUUGACAGAGAAGUCAGCGUCUUAUCAAUAAAAGGUAGCGAUGUUCUCAAGUUUUACUCUGGGGGUUUGGCGCGAUGUUUACUCGGAGAAGAAGUCGAGUCGAACAUGGAAAAUCAGCCGAAGGACUUUUUCCCUGGGUCAUCAUACGAGUAUAUCUAUUUGGGUGAGGAAUCAAGCUCCAAACUUCCGGGGACCGUCUCAGCAUCGCAAAGUCAGAAGGAGACUCAGACUGAACUGAAUCUAAAUGACAUCAAUUCUAUGCAGAAAUCUUUAUCAGAAGGACAGCAUAAAACUAGUUGGGAUAAAACUGGUGUGGUUCAAAUGAAAUGUGAUUCUGAUUUGGUCAAGACUAGUCUCCAGGUGCCUGUGACACAGAGUGCAUCAGUUGUUGAAAAGCAUGAUUUGACCCCUGGUAGCUCUACAGCGUCGAGAAAACGAAAAAAGGGGCGGCCAAGGAAAUUUGAGGGGUCAAAUGAUGCAGACGCCAAUACUGUGGAUGACGGUGAACUCAAUGAUCCAGAGUGCGUCAGAGGAACUGAUCAGAGUUAUCGAGAUUUGGAAAAAAAAAGUGAUGUGAAUUUGACUAAAAGUGGCCGCAGGGUAAAGAAACCGUCACGUGGUUCAUUUGUGGACUAUGAUGAAAUGGAGGACGUCACAGGAAAGGAGUUGGUUCAGGCUGGAUCUGAACAACCGUCGCAGCUACAGGAAUCUGAGGAGAAAUGUCAUGAUGCUGAGUCAUCGGAAAAAGAGAGACGCAAAAGGCCGAAGUUGAAUGCAGCUCGGGCAGCUGAUGGCACGGAUCAGAAAGCUAGACCAAAAAGAGGCCGUCGAAGUGGACAGCAGUGUCCUGUAUGUGGGAAAAUCGUCAACAAUAUAUCGUCUCAUAUCCAGAUUCAUGGAGAUCCUUUGAAAUGUAAGUCAUGUGAUAAAACGUUCACCCAGACGCACAACCUCCUGCGCCACAUCUCGACGAUGCAUCAAGGGAAGUUCCCGUUUACAUGUCACAUCUGUGGAAAGGGCUACACGUGGAACAGACCUCUCCUCGAACACAUAGCAGUCACCCACAACGAUGGGAAAACUGACCAAAAGACGUUCUUCCCUCGAGUUCACCAGUGCGAUGAGUGCGGCCGAGGCUUCAAGAACUCCAGCGCCCUGAGAGGUCACAUUGAUGCCAUCCACAAGAAGCUGAAGUCCUUCGCCUGCGAAAUGUGUCCGAAGAAAUUCGCCAAACGAUACCAUCUGAAUGUUCAUUUGAGGACUCACUCAGGUGAGAAGCCCUACCUGUGUUCUUUCUGUGGUAAAGGGUUUGCUGACAAAGGCAACAUGGAUGUCCACAUUCAGUCGGUGCAUCUCCGUCAUCUGCCCCACAAAUGUGAUGUCUGUAAGAUGGAGUUCCGCCGCAAGAAGUUCCUGGUCGUGCACCAGGAAAGAGGCCAUGACCAAAAUGGUAAUCCCUUGCCGACUCCAAACCAAACGACGUCCGUCCGAAAAAAUCCCACCGCAAGAAAGGGUUUGAAAAGUACGGACAGCUUCCAGAUUGUUCACUACCAGAUACCAGAUGGUAGUGUUGUGCCGAGUCCGUAUGAUGCGUUGCAAAUUGCUGUGGAGGAAAUCAAAGAUGACGCAAUGGAGAAUUUAGAGGAGCAGCAUUUAGCGGUGCCAAGUGCCGUAAAGACUCCGCCACGUUUAGUUGAGGACAUCCAGUUGCGGAAUGCGAUCAAUACUGUAGCGGUAGAAGGGGUCGAGCAGUCUGACGUACCUUCCCAAAGUUUAACACUCACUGUGGAGAACUUGAACACAAACGAGGUAUUGGAAAGUACCGACAGUGAGGCGCCACAGUUCCGGCAGUUACUAGGUGGCACUGCAGGUCAGUCGACGAAUUCACAACCUGGUGAGGCAUUGCCGAUGGAUGGAAGUGUGGAGUAUGUGUCUGAGAGUGUGGAAGCCAUCAUAACCAGUGAGAGUCGCCAGCAGAGUCGUGGCCCGCCGCAGCUCAGCAUCUUAAAGGUGGAAGGAGACGACCAGCCGUAUUUUCUAAUCCAGGGACAAGGUGAUAGUGUCAGUGGUAAAUAUAUGUACUGUUAGGCCUUCAAAUAAGUAUAAGUUAUAAAUUCAUUUCUGUUCAACAAACGGGACAGAAAUCAUCCACUUUCAGUUUCGUUAUAUGGUCCUUGGUGUUAGGGGUAACUAUUGCAGCAACACUAGAGGUGAACUUCAAGCAACAGUUUAAUUUAAAUGUGUAUUUAUUUCAAUGUUUAACAUUCCAUGUUAGUCAGUGAUUUGACACUUAACUAGUUCUGUGACCAUUGUUUGUCAUGGAGUUGUCUCUGCAUCCCGGAUUCUAUAUGCGCCAUUGGGUUGUGUCCUUGAUCAAAAGGAUGUUCUAUGUGUCCCAGGGUCUAUACGUCUCCAGAUCAAAAGGCUUGAUUGUGUAUCGUUGGAGAAGGUUGUGGUUAGUGUUAGGCUGCUACAACCCGGGACGCAUGGCACCUUCGCAUUUAUGAGAGCUGUAGCUAGAUUACAGGUUCAAGCCAUGCUUGGUAUGGCCUUAUUUCAGCCAAGAGUAUCACAUUGGCACCGUGUGAAUCUACCGUUAUUACACCUUUGAAUGUCAGAUCACGAGAUGUUUUAGGAAAUGAACUGUGUUGACACAUUUGAGCUUUUUUCGGGGCUCGUGUACAAAAGGCCUAUUUUACGUGUGUGAUGUGUGAUGUGUAAUAGACAUGCAUUAUCCAGCUUAAACAGGUUGACACAGCAUAAGAUAAACUGCAUUUUAACUGUUGUGCAAUAAAAAUUGUUAUUUAUGAUUAAUGUACUGUUGUCUAUAGUAUCAUAAAGCUUGAAAUACUUGUUUGAAUAUUAAAG